CCUAUCCUAAUUCGUGAAGUUUUCUUCUUGAUCCUGUUGUGUGCUUUGGCCACGUAAACACAGUGAAAAUCUGUUUUUCUUCGCGGGAAAAUAUGAUUGGCUGGAGUUGAUGACGUCACGGAAGUGUUCAAUCUAAGCGCCGCCAUUUUGAACAUGGUUGUGUUUUGGUCUCUUGUGUAUUGUCAAAGGCCUGUAUUUUGCAAAGUUUCUCCUAGAAAUGGAGUUGGCCAGGCAGGUGUUUAGUGGCAGCGAACGAAAAUCAUCCGAGGGAUACAGCAUGUAUAGCAUAAAAGCUCCCACCCUCAGUGAAGAUGAAGAUGACGAUGCUGGCCAUGAUAACACCCUUGCGUGGGAUGACUCCUCUAUUCAUGUUGCUAGUGGAGGUACUCCAGUUACAGGCUCCUUUGUACCAGCUAUUGGUGGUCCCUUCUCUGCCCUCACACCCAGCAUGUGGCCACAGGAUAUCCUUUCAAGAAUUCAGCAGACAGAAGAUGCAGGGGAUCGGCCAACAGGACAUUAUGAUGAAUUUGGCUUCAUGAUCGAUGGAGAUUUAGAAUUUGAGCACAAAGACCCUGAUCCUGGUAGCUUUGUCACUAGUGAGGAUGAAGGCCUGAGGCUAAAAUGGACAGCUUUCUUAGAGUUCACACAGAAUCAAGAUGUUGGUGAUAUGACUUGGGACAAGGUGUCUCCAAGCUUUCCUCAUUCAGACAAGUUGCGAGAGCUUGUUUACCUUGGAAUUCCUCACAGCAUGAGAGCUCCAAUCUGGAUGCGAAUUUCAGGAGCCCUACAAAAGAAAAUCAGCAGUGAUUUUACCUACAAGCAAAUUGUCCGAGCAAGUGCUGAUGAGAAUUCUUUGACAGCCAAGCAAAUUGAAAAGGAUCUGUUGCGGACAAUGCCCAACAACGCAUGUUUCUCAUCACCAACAAGCACAGGAUUGUUACGACUCAGAAGGAUUCUUAGGUCACUGGCUUGGCUGUACACAGACAUUGGUUACUGUCAAGGAAUGGGCAUGAUUGUGGCAUCCUUGUUACUCUUUGUAGAGGAAGAGGAUGCCUUUUGGUUGAUGUGCACUAUUGUGGAGGACCUUGUUCCUACAUCUUAUUAUUCAAGUACUUUGAUUGGUGUCCAGGCUGAUCAGAGAGUGCUGCGACAACUGAUAGUGAGUUAUCUUCCACCAAUGGAUGAGCAGUUAAAAGAACAUGACAUAGAGUUGUCGUUGAUAACCCUUCACUGGUUCUUGACAGCAUUUGCUAGUGUUGUACACACAAAGAUCCUUUUAAGAAUUUGGGACAUCUUCUUUUAUGAGGGUUCAGUGACUUUGUUCAGAAUGACACUUGGUAUGCUGAAAAUGAAGCGACUUCAAAAAAGAACAAUAACUCCACCAAGAACAUUCUUCAGUCUACUCUUUGGAAAAGGUGGCAUUUCCUUGCAUAAGGCUAAAAACAUCCGACAGACAGAACUGGUGGCCGAUUUAAGGGAAGCAAUUCUUCAAAUAGCCCGACAUUUUGACGCUGUGGAUCCUAAGAAGGGUCUGGAAGUUGACUAUUCAAUGGAAAGUCAUGCAAGAGACCAUGAAAGGUUUAUCAACGUAGCCAGGUUGUGCCCGGCCCUGAAGUCGAUAUUCCUACACGGCAUGAGAAAACCAUCCAUUUUAGGAGGUCCUUGUCAUCCUUGGCUCUUUAUGGAAGAGGCAAGUCAACGUGAAGUGGACCGGGAUUUUCAGUCAGUUUACUCUCGACUGGUGCUGUGUAAGACGUUUAGAUNUGGCAUUUCCUUGCAUAAGGCUAAAAACAUCCGACAGACAGAACUGGUGGCCGAUUUAAGGGAAGCAAUUCUUCAAAUAGCCCGACAUUUUGACGCUGUGGAUCCUAAGAAGGGUCUGGAAGUUGACUAUUCAAUGGAAAGUCAUGCAAGAGACCAUGAAAGGUUUAUCAACGUAGCCAGGAAUCGUCGGAGACGAGCUAAGGCUCUGUUGGACUUUGAGAGACAUGAUGACGAUGAACUUGGAUUUCGGAAAAAUGACAUUGUUACGAUAAUUUCGCAAAAGGACGAGCACUGCUGGGUUGGUGAACUUAAUGGUUUGAGAGGUUGGUUCCCUGCCAAAUUUGUUGAGAUUCUGGAUGAAAGAAGUAAAGAGUAUUCCACCGCCGGAGAUGAUUCUGUGUCGGAAACUGUGACAGAUCUUGUCAGAGGCGGGUUGGACGAAGAUGGGAAAGUUCUCUCACCAGAGGAAAUCCUUUACAGAGCGGUACAGUCAAUAAACAUGAGCCACGACGCAGCAAACUCACAGAUGGAUAUCAAGUUCCGCUCUCUAAUCUGCUAUGGCCUCAAUGAGCAAUGUCUUCAUCUGUGGCUGGAAACGCUGUGUUCGUGCGAAGAUAUCGUCAGCAAGUGGUACCAUCCAUGGUCUUUUCUUCGCAGUCCAGGCUGGGUGCAAAUCAAGUGCGAACUAAGAGCCCUUGCAUCCUUCGCGUUUAAUCUGAACAUCGAUUGGGAGCUUACUGGUGAACGUAAAACUGUUGUAGACGGGUACGGCGAUCAAAAGAAGAUACAGGAGGUCACCCAGCCUAUGAAGGAUGGUGUACGAGACAUGCUAGUGAAACAUCACUUGUUCAGCUGGGAUCUCUGAUGAGUUUCAUUUAGUGAAUAAACAGUAAAUAAGCAGGGUCUGUGAUGCUAAACCUGGUGAACGCCAAGAGAGCAUGUGAAGGCAAAGCUUAUUCUAUUGUGUGCCGGAUUCGGAUGUAGGAUUUAGGUCUAUUCAUUUGCUAAGCAGACCAGUUGGUUUUUGUUUGUUUCAUAACAUACAUAAAAAAAAGUCAUUUAAAAACGUGUCAAAUUUUUAAGUUGGAUGCUUUUUAUUUCUGCAUUAUGCCACAAAAAAGAACUGCAAGAACAAUUUUGCAUGUUCACCUACUUCGUGCUCUCUUGGUUAGACCGUGAUGUGAUCAAAAUGAAGAAAUGUCGCGUUCGGGCGUGACAUGUUAGUGCCAACUAACUAUGCAAGACACUAUGUCAUAAGAACUGUUUAAGUUUAAAAUACUCAAGAAUAAUGGUGUAAAUGAUAAGUUAAUAAAUCGGGGUCCGGUUGUUCAAAGCAAGAUUCAUGUAAUCCAGGAAGAACGUGAAUUUAUUUCAGAUUUUUUACUUCGUAGUAAACCAUUCUAUUCUGGGGAAGACACUUAUGUACACGAGAAAUUUAAACCUCGAGUAACUUUCAAUGUGGCUCAGUGCUGCUUUGUUGUUUUUUUAAAUCGGCUGUCGGACAACAGGAUCCAGAUGUAAAUUAAAUAUUUAAUAGUCUAGGGACGUCACGCAAUGUCUUUACCACGUGACGAAGAAAGGUUGCGUGACAUUCCUUAGAAAAGCUGUAGAGAGUAUUAAUAUUCAGACGAAAUAUAAUUUAUUAGAGUGAUAUACUCAAAUUGUGGAUAGCUUCGUGAGUUAUCUCAGAAAAUAGGGUGUGAUGUUCAAUCAUUACCCAUUCCCGAUUAAUGGAAAAUUUUUGGAAUGUGUAAAUUGCUGUUUGGGGAUACUCGGAUACGCUGGAACGACAUACAAAGUGUGCGGUGUGUGUGUUUUUCCAAAGGCACGGGAAGAAUCAAAUUGACCAUCUCGCUCAAACAGGUAAAGUUAAAUAUUUAAUGCUUCACAGUAGACUGGAGCGAAUUUUACGUAAAAUUCCUGUUCUAAUUAUAUUUGAAAUAAUUCCUCGGGUUCUUCCUGUAGAUUUAAUUUUUGAUUUUACGAGUAAAAGUCAGCAACCAGCAUACAAUAAUAAGUUCUUAGAUGCUUACCCUUUUGCCAAAAAAUCCGUAAUUUCUGUUCAAAGACAAAACGAACAGUUCAGGACCACCUUCAAAGUACUCCUUUUCUCUGCUCGGAACGUAACGUUGGAAAUCUCCUUACCAUUUGCUCAUUUUUCCAAUCCCCAGCAGUCUCUCCUCAAGAGUAAACAGUAACUGGUACCGAAUGUUAUAUGUUAAAGGCUAUCUCUUUCUGUUGGCUUACUGAUUUUGGGAAGUUCAUUAAGGUCAAUCCAACCGGUUCCAGCUCCGUUGAGCACCCCUUGAGUCCUAUUAGUCUUCGGUGUUGUGCGAAGACACUUGAAAUGUGUUCGGAGAAGAUCAUCAUACUCGAAUGGUGCCUGCUCGAAGACAUAGUCUCCCAUAGUCUUCCUUUGAGGAGUGUCAGAUGCCAUCCGAUGGCAAUGUUAAGCAUUGUUAUUUUUAAACUCACGGUACAGUCGAGGGAAUCUGCCACUUACCGACAAGGUAUACAACAUAUGUUGCGUAUACUGAUGAAGUUUAGAAAUCACACUGAAGGUUAUAAAAAGCAGAACUGUAAACAGUGGACGUCAUUACGUUUAGGCUAGCUUGCGAACGCAGACGUAUUUCCGGCUGUCGCUUGUCUCCGCCGAAAAUAACGUCUGCGAACCCAAGCCAGGAAACGAUGUCUGUGAUGUAGGAAUUUUAAGCCAAUCACAGUUUAGCUCAAGUAGCUCCAGAACUACUGCGCGAGGUAUUCGCUGCGAGGAG